UCCGCGUUGAGCCGCCCCACCGAUCGUUCUUGGCAGGCCAUCGCGACCAGGAAAUGGAAGGUGUCAGGAACAACAGCUCUAAUUUACGGUUCUUGAUGAAUUCAACACCGACGCCGAAAACACUAACGAAUUCCAACACCAUCGUCAACCGGUGAUGACCAACAACCCACACAUUGGAUACACACCAUGACGGCCCUCUUCAAUUUCACGAGCCUCCUGCUCGUCAUCCUCCUCCUCGUCUGCACGUGCACCUACCUCCACCAGCUCUUCCCCGCGAUCCUCGACCGGAACAAGACAGGCAUCAUAGGCAUCUUCUGGAAGUGCGCGCGCAUAGGCGAGCGGUUGAGCCCCUAUAUGAGUCUUUGUUGCGGCGUCAUGGCGGUGAGUUACACAAGCGCUGGCUGGCACGGUGCUUCCCGGGUCAAGGGGUAUGAAACGAAGGGGUGGUGUGGAGUUUGCUGACGAGGGGGACAGAUCUCGAUGUUC